UGAAUAAUAACUUUUGUAUUAAAAUAAUCAUGUUCCAAAUAAUUCAGUGAUGUAAGCUGCAUAUUGAAAAAUUCUUAAAAACACUGUUAAACAUGGCAAGUGCUUUAGAACAGUAUGUAAAUACUGUACAGACGCUGUCUACGCAAGGAAAUUUCUCACAACUAUGUGAUUUCAUCAGCAAAAGUGCAGAAACAUUAAGUAAGAAUGUCAGCCACCUAGACAAUGUACUCGCCACUCUAGAUAUUCAACAACAUUCAUUAGGUGUGCUUGGCAUAUUGUGUGUAAAAUACAGCAUGCCAAAUGUUCCUGAUUUUGAGACAUUAUUUGUACAAACACAAGAGUUUAUAUUGUCAUGUAAUGGAGAACAUGUUCGCUAUGCCACAGACAGUUAUGCAGAUUUGUGCCACAAGUUUACACAUAACCUUGUGGAAAGGAAGCAGCCAAGUCGUGGUAUCCAGGUGCUCGUGACGGCAAUUAACAAGAUACAGUUGUAUCCAGCACAGCUCACCUCUAUACAUGCUGAUCUUUGUCAGCUAUGUUUACUAGCCAAGAAUCUAAAGCCAGCGUUACAGUUUAUGGAUGUAGAUAUUACAGAUAUCAGCAAAGAGGGUGGACAUUAUGAUUCUAAAGAUUUUUUAUGUUACUAUUACUAUGGAGGCAUGAUCUAUACAGCAUUGAAAAAAUAUGAGAGAGCUCUAUAUUUCCUAGAAAUUGUGAUAACAUGUCCAAGUAUGGCAGUAAGUCAUGUGAUGUUGGAAGCAUACAAGAAAUAUAUCCUUGUUGCUCUUAUUUUACAGGGAAAACUACCUACAUUACCAAAAUACACAUCUCAAGUUGUAGCCAGAUAUAUAAAGCCUGUGUGUCAACCAUACCAUGAUUUAGUAAACUCCUACGCCUCAAAUAACCCAGAAGAACUCCAGAGGAAUGUGGAAAAACAUCAAGAUACCUUUAGUAGGGAAAACAACUUGGGUCUUGUGAAACAGUGUUUAACGUCAAUAUUCAAGAAAAAUAUUCAAAGAUUAACAAAGACAUUUUUGACGCUGUCACUCACUGACAUGGCAAACAGAGUGAAGUUAUCAGGGCCAAAAGAAGCAGAAAAAUAUGUUCUCCACAUGAUUGAAGAUGGAGAAAUAUUUGCUACAAUAAAUCAAAAAGAUGGUAUGGUACGGUUUCAUGAUAACCCGGAGAAAUACAACAGUAGUCGUAUGUUGUUACAGCUAGAUCAAGAGAUGCAGAAAUGUAUACAGUUAGAUGCGAAGUUGAAGGAAAUGGACAACGAAAUAGCUGUGAAUCCUCAAUAUGUUCAGAAGAGCUCUGGAAUGCAUGAAGAUGAUAUUCCAGGUAGUUCAAAAAUGCAGACAUACUGAAUACAGUGUGAAGGUCACUAAGAGAAGAUCAGAUAUUGAGUGUAUAUUACAAGUGCUAAACAAAAUAUUGCCAUGAACAAACAUCAUGCUGUUAAUUCCAAUGUUUUCUAGCAUUAUACAUAAACAAGGACUGAGUUGAUAAUGUUAUAUUUUUAUUUUCUGGCUAUAUCAUGAUACUGCUAGUAAGUUAUAUAUGAAUGAAGGAGAAUUGAAUUAUAAAUGUGCUUAAUGUUUCAAUUAUUGCUAUAUUUUCUUGAAGAGAAAAGAGUCACAAUUGGUUUAUUUGAAUAUUUUCAUAUUUCACUUUUUUUUUUAACAAUAGUUAUGAUAAAUAGACCAGCAAUUUAUUUGAUAACAAAAGCUAAAUUUCUUUGUUAAUGCUAUAUUUUCAUAAAAUGAAAGAUUUUUUUUUUAACAACAUUUUAUAGAUGAAUAAGGCUGGCAUUUUUUUAUCAUCAGUUUUGUGGAAGAUAUUGUAAAACAAGUUUGCAAGGGAUGGAAACGAAGGUGAUAGAAAUGAUAUUUCAAAUUUUGAAUAUUUCUCAAUAAAUGUCUGACGAGUUGUGACAUUUUUGUAUUAUUUUGUAUCAUUUACAAUUGAGAAAUGUUCUUAUUUUAUUUAAAUUAGUUUGAAUUUAUUGACAGUGACACUGUUGUUAAGCAUUAUAAUUUGCCUUUCAUGUGCAGAAGGGAAAGUAUUGAAAACUGAAAGCAUAACUUUUCUUUAUUAAAACAUGUAUAUAUUUGGUUAGACACUUUCUGUUGUUUGGUAAAAAAAAUCUGGAGAGGACUAUAUUGUUAUUAAAAUGUUGAAGUCCUAAUUUGUCAUUGUAUAAUGUUAGAAAUGAAGUCUACAGAUACUUCUACAUAUAUUACCUAAUUUGUCAAUGAUUCUGUUCAUUGGAAUUGUCUCUCUUGCAAUUAUGCUAGGUUUUAUUAUCUCUACAUGUUCAACACAGAUUGUGCUAUUACAUUUGAAAAUGCCUUGAUAACAUAUGUUAUGCUUACAUAAUUAAAAUUCCUUUGAAGAUACAAUAUUUCUGCUGUCAUCAGGGUUUAGAUUGCACUCCCUUAAAACUAAAAUAUGAAUUUGUAGCUGUAAUGAUAUAGCGUGUAAAGUUUGUAAAACAGUUGUCAUACAUUAACAUCAAUCAUUUCUGAAUUGAAAUUACAAUAUAUUUUUGACAUCUAUGUAUCACAUUUACUUUCAUCUUCUGCUAUAAUCCUUUACAAAGUUGUAGGGACAAGUAAGAAAAUUAGUUUAUUUAUUACAAAAUGCUUCAAUCAGUGAUAUAAUAAAAAUUGUGACAAUUUUA